GUCACGCUGGCCCCUCUGGCCUGGGACAGGAACCGGUACUGAGACUGUUGGCAGACUUGCCUGCUGGCCGAGGAGCCGGGGCUGCAGGAGGAUGGCCAGGGCGGCCGGCGGAUUCCGGGAGGAACAGUUCUGGGAGGCCUGCGCCGAGCUCAAGCAGCCCAAGCUCGCCGGCGCCAACUGGGAGCUGCUGAUGGAGGCAAUGGGCAUUUGUGUCUACCGGCUGUGGGACCAGGACACUAGAGUUUAUAAGUAUAAAGUCUUUGGAACUCUGAAGAAUUGCCCACCGGCUUUACUGACAGAUGUCUAUAUGGACCUAGACUACAGAAAACAGUGGGACCAACAUGUUGAGGAACUCUAUGAAAGAGAAUGCAACGGACAGACCGUAGUCUACUGGCAAGUGAAGUGCCCUAUGCUCAAGCCCAACAGAGAUUAUGUCUACGUCCGGGAGCGGCGAGAUCUGGAUGUGGAAGGGCGGAAGGUCUUCGUGGUCCUGGCCCAGAGCAUCUCCCAUUCGCAGUUUCCCGAGCGGUCUGGUGUGGUCCGGGUGACGCAGUGCGAGCAUAGAUUGGCGAUCACAAGUGAUGGCAGGAAUGGGAGCAAAGUUUUCAUGUAUUACUUUGAUAACCUGCGUGUCCAGAUUCCGACCUGGCUCCUUAAGAGGGCUCUCAAGAAUGGAGUGCCUGAGUUCUUGAACAACCUAGAGAAAGCCUGUAGGAACUACCCCAGGAGAUACUAAGGAAGAGGAUUGGGAACCUCGUGCCAUGGAAUGAUGUCUCUGAAGUGCCACAACCCAUGGAUGCUUAGCAUUCUUUUUGGCUUUCUGCCUGCACACUCUCCGGCACAUCGUCUCUGAGCGUGUUUGCCCCACGCCCGGCUCCCCUGUCUGCUUCCCUUCCCAGUGUCCCCACUCCGGGCCCACGACCUUCUUCCACUAUGGAAUAUGGGUCAGAUUAGGGAAAGCUUUGUGUGUUUAUUUUUAAAAAGGAAGGUCCUCAUUAAGGAACACAGUCAUUCCAUUGUGUCAUUUUAGGGGGAUGGGUGGGUGGAGAAAGGACAACAAAACAUAAGAAUGACUGAGCCUGGCCAGCUGGCUCCUCCAAGACUGUGAUUUCUUACAGCCCAGGAGGGGCUGCUGGAAGUUGCAUUCGCUUCAGUCGCCUCUGAGUGCACCCAGGCUGGAGGACACGUGCUGCUGCCCGUUUGCUUUGGGGACUUGAUUGGCCGGGCUUGAGGUGAUAAUGCAGCGAGUCUCUCCCCCUCCUGCUCCUGGAGGCUCACUAGCUGUUUUGAUACCAAACCAUCUUGAAAACAUUGCAGGCCUGACAGAGCACAUAAUGUGAUCACCGUUUUUUCUCAUCAUCCACUUCUGGGUUUUUCUCUUUCCCAUAUGACACUGGGGAAGGGCUGUGCAUACCCCACCAGCUCUGCCUUUGACUGGAAACUGAGGCAUCAAGAUGGCUCAGGCAGUUAUCCAAAGCCAGGAUGCUUUGAGCACAGCAUUGUGAUGAAGUGUCUAUAUGCAGUAAGAUGAGUUUGCCUUCUAGAAUGUUUGGAGAUGGGGAAGGGACAAUAGUUCACAGCCAGGGAAAUAUUAAUUCGUGGCUUGGUUGACUGCACCUUUUUCUCAGGAAUUCUACCUAAGUUGUCUACCUCUUCUACCACCAAAAGAAUUCUAGUUUCCUCUGUUUUCUCCUGGAUUUUUGCAGGGCAAGAUAUUCUGUGGCCAAAGCCACAGCCUUGAUGAUCUCAGGGAACAAUUUUAAUCACCUGUGUGAUGGUACCCAACCUUGAUUAGUGGGCACAGAAAUUCAGGAUGUAAUGAUAGAAGCAGGGUAUUUGUUAAUGGGAUAACUCAGACUAUGUGUUUUCUCUCUGCGAAGGAAAGUGUGUUGAAUAGCAAAUAAAUACAGAAUGACUUA